GAGGACAAAUCCACUGGAGCCCCAAGCCAAGCUCUCCAGCUUCCACAGACUUCUGGCCUGGUACUCAGUCAGUGGACAUAGAGUUGACAGCCUACGUUCUCCUGGCGUACCUCUCUAAGCCACGGGUGCAUGCAGGUGACAUGACAACUGCAGCUGGUAUCGUGGCAUGGCUGACCCAGCAGCAGAACGCCUACGGGGGCUUUGCCUCCACCCAGGACACAGUUGUUGCCUUGCAAGCCUUAGCAAAAUACGCAGCAAGGACGUUCAGUGCAUCAGGCCAGGCACUUGUGAGGGUGAAGUCCCAGAAGGGUUUUGGGAAGACUUUCCAAGUCAACCGCCAGAAGCGGCUGCUGGUGCAGCAGGCAGCACUGACAGAGGUCCCGGGGCAGUUCCUGGUGCAGGUCCACGGCAGCAGCUGUGUCUUUGCUCAGAUAGUGCUGAGGUACCAUGAGCCUCCCCCACGGGCUGCUGUAACCUUCACUCUACGUGUCAACACUGAGCUGACCAACUGUAGCCAGGCCAAUGCACGUGUCCUCACCCUCCACAUCCUUGCCAGCUACAUUGGAAGCAGGGUCACAUCCAACAUGGUGAUCAUGGAGGUCUCCCUGCUCUCUGGAUUCAUCCUGGCUCCUGGAUCCAGGAUGCUGCUGGAGCGCAGAACCAUUGUUAAGAAAAUAGAAGUGAAAGCUGAUGUGGUCUACAUUUAUCUGGAGAAGCUCAAUGAUGAAUCUCAGACUUUCAUUCUGCAACUGGAACAAGUAAUUCCAAUGAAGAACCUGAAACCGGCCAGCAUCAAAGUCUACGAUUACUACCAGCCAG